UGACAGACUACCAUUUUUUCUUUAAUUGUUUGACAUCACGGCCGGCGGUCCUUCUGUUAACUUCUAACGUGCUUGUCUCGAAAAACAUACAACAAACACGUGUUUUUGUUAGAAUUUCGUUUAAUUUAAACUUUCAUUUGUUUAAAAGCCACUUAAAAACGAGAAAAAAUCUCCACACACAACAUGACUGACGUUGCAGACAAACCCCAAGAAGUUCCAAUUGAGGAAAACGCCAAAGCGGCAACCUCCGAGGAAGAAGAAACCAAGGAUGAUGUUGAGAAAGAGGAAGUGGAAUCUUCUGAAAAGGAAGCCACCAACGGCAACACAUCCAUCCUCGAAAGAAAGAUCAUCCGCCAAAUGGAAUACUACUUCGGUGAUGCCAAUUUACAUCGUGACAAAUUCCUCCUGGAGCAGAUUUCCAAGAACGAAGAUGGCUGGGUUCCAUUCGAUGUGUUGUUGACCUUCAAGAGAUUGGCCUCCCUCACCACCGAUAUCAGUGUCAUUGUCGAUGCUCUGAAUAAGUCCGACGAAGGUCUUGUUGAGAUCAGCGAGGACAAAAAGUCGAUUCGUCGUCAUCCAGAGCGACCCAUUCCCGAGCAUAAUGAGGAGAAGCGUAAGGAGAUAAUGUCUCGCACCGCCUACGUCAAGGGCUUCCCUCUGGACAUCGAAAUGGCCGAUAUUCUUGAAUUCUUCAACCCCUUCGAGAAAGUUGCCAAUAUCUCGAUGAGGAAGUAUUUGGAUAAACCAACAAAGACGUACAAGUUCAAGGGCAGUGUGUUUGUGACAUUUGCUAAAAAGGAACAAACCGAGGAGUUUAUCACAAAGGAAAAGGUUCAAUUCAAGGAUAACGACCUUGUGCGUAAAUGGCAAGAAGUUUACUACGAAGAAAAGAAGGAGGAGCGCAACAAGUCGAAGAAAGGCAAACAAAAGAAAGAAGAAGACAAAUUCCAAUUGCCAAAAGGAACUGUUAUCUUCUUCGAAGGUGCUAACGAAGCCACCACCCGUGAACUCAUCCGAUCAGCCCUCGAAGCUCUCGAUGCCGAUAUCGCUUACAUUGACUACAGCAAAUCUGAUAAAGAAGGACACAUUCGCUUGCAUAAUGAAAACUCAGCAGCACCUUUCCUCGAAAAGGUUGAAGACAAGAAGUUGAAAUUGUCGGACUCAACAGAAUUAACGCUUCGCCUUCUGACUGAAGACGAGGAAAAAGAGUUUUUGGCUAAAGCCGUCGACCACAUGAAAUCGCGAAGAAAUACCCAGAGCAGGCAUAAGGGAGGUUUCAAUCGCAAGCGUCGUGGUGGAAACGAACGUGAUGAACCAAAACACAAGAAAAAUAAGGAUUAAACAAAUAUCGAGUUUUUAUUUUUUUGAAACAUAAUUUAAGUUAAAUUAUCUUAAAGUUAAAACUGUUCUCUAAUUACUAUUCUCUCGCUACCAUGAAGAUAAGUUAAGACAAAGAAAGAAAAUAAGAACUUGUCAUAAUUACUUAGUUUUUGGUCCUCUUAAAACACUUUUUUUAUAUAUUGACUGUGUUUCUACAUAAUUGGUUUAUGUAUUUUGAACAAG